AAUAAAGUGCUAGUGUGUGGCAGGGGCACCAGUGGCUGCGCGGCACUGUCAGCGGCGGAUCGCCGGACACGGAGGGAGCGCGUUCACUCUCCGUGGCGUUCUAAAGUUGCGCGCGACACGCCGAUGACCUGCGAGCCUCCUCUGGGGAAACUGUGCGUUUUCCCGGCUUAACGAGCGUCAGUUUACAUCUCUUCACCACAGAUCAUUUGUUGCUGUCGUGGCUCCGCUCUCCGACUGUCCGAAGGCGGCGUUUCAUCCCCGGCGCGCCGACGAAGACGCACACGCUCCCUGGAUCCCAGACGGACUGGCUCACACCUGAGAUGUGAAGUGUGUUAUGUGAUCCAAGGUGUUUUCCCACCUCGCUGGUGGUGGGGAGAGAUGCUGCACUCCGUUGCCAUGACAGCAGAAGUUCUCUUUGUUCUUGGUUUUCUGAUGGGCGGCGCUCAGUGUAACCCUAUAGCAACCUUACCAGCGAGCCGAGAACGCCUGGAAAGAGUGUUGACCCAAGCCAGGGUGUAUGGCCAUCAGGACGAGCAGGCCCCCGAGGAGCCGCUGAGAUACGGCGCUCAGCAGCGGCCGGAGGAAACCAAUGCUUUGGCCUCCGAAAGGAAUGCUUCGAGCCGUGCCAAGUCGUACCUCAGCUCCCAGACACGAGGCUCUAAAGGCGGGAAGCCUCAGGAGCUGUGGACUGAAAAGGACAGCCUGAAUCAAAUAGACGAGGGCCCCACCAGUGACGUCACCCUCUCCCUGGACGCCAUUGACGAGUACGCCUAUCCAGACUACCGGGGGAAAGGCUGCAUGGAUGAGAGCGGCUUCGUGUUCGCCAUCGGGGACCAGUUCACCCCGGGCCCUUCAACGUGCCCUUGCCUCUGCACAGACGAGGGCCCUCUGUGCACCAAGCCAGAAUGUCCAAAAGUUCACCCUCGCUGCAUUAAAGUGGACACUAGCCAAUGCUGCCCGAUGUGCAAGGAGAAAAAGAACUACUGCGAGUUCCGGGGCAAGAUCUACACCUCGCUAGAAGAGUUUAAGGUGUCUCCAUGUGAGAAGUGCCGGUGUGAGCCAAGUGGGGAGGUGUUAUGCUCUGUGGCAGCCUGCCCGCAGACUGACUGCGUCGAUCCGGAGUACGAGCCUGAUCAGUGCUGUCCCAUCUGCAAGACUGGGCCAAAUUGCUACGUGGACACGACGGUGAUACCAGCCGGCCGAGAGGUGAAGAUUGACGAGUGUACAAUCUGCUACUGCACAUAUGAGGAGGGCACAUGGCAGAUUGAGCGUCAGGCCACCUGCAGUAAGAACGAGUGCCAGCUGAGCUAAAGACUGGCCCGGUCAGAGGAGACAUUGGCACGCAACACCAGCGCCAACCCGCAUGCAAACUCUCGGCCUUUCACCCGGUCUACCGGACAUCAGGGUCGGACGGAGGCCCCGGAGCAGUUCAGCAUUUAUAGUCACUCCUGUAUUACAGAAAGAAAAAAAAAAUGCUUUUAUGAAAGUUUAUAAUCCAAACACAGAAUAUCUAUUUAUCUAUGUAUUGAGUUAUUUAUGAAUAGAGACAAAUAAAGGAGUAAUUAAUGCUGAACUAGUGAACACAUAUUUUUUAUAGCCUCUGUAUUUUAUUAAGCAAUGUAUUGGACCAGAGGUCAAAAAAACAGAAUGUAUAGAACACACACAGCUGUCUUUGGAGAUGAAAACCUCAACGUCUUGACAUUCGAUGUCACCUGACAAAUCCUGACACCCGUCCCUCUACCACCAAAGUGCAGGCUAGACCAUGUGCAGUCCACUUCAGAAUCAUGGGUGCAAAGUUGUUGUGUGCAGAGUUAAAAACAACGGGAAAAUAGAAGGAAAUUCAAGAGGACUUGACUGUUUCCUAAUUUCUUUGAUCUUUUUUUUGGAUGUUCAAAUGUGUUUUGAUUUAAAAGUGCUUUUUUGUAUUUCUCUUGGUAUCAUGUGUUCUUGUUUCAAAUAAAUGCCAGACUGCUCUCUGUAAA